ACCAGUAGUUAGCGUUCGUAUCCUGCAACAAGUGGUCUGCGGACUGAAGCCCAUCGAGAGCAGAUUGUCAACUCAACUAACAAUUUAUAACCAGAACCAACGAAAAUGAGUUGUUCUGCGAAUCCCAGGGAUUCGCACGAGUCCAAUAAUUUGAUAAGGAAAAUGGCUCUCUCCGAGGCGUUUUCGCUCCUCGACGAGUCAUGCAAGAGCGAACAUUCCCCCUCUCAAGCCAACGCUCGCGAUGACGCUCCUGAGGUUCAAGGCCCCUGGAACAUAAUAAUCGUCAAUCAAAUUCCGCUGAAAAUUGAUGACGAAAAGUUCAUUUCCAUUUUCUCAAAAUACGGGAGGAUUCGGGGCACUUAUAUGUGCCAUCCGAGGAAGAGGCGCACUCGCAAGCAUGAGAGGACAGCAAGACUAACGUUCGAGAGCGAAGCGGACGCCUGGAAAGUCUGGGAAGCCGCCCAGGAGAAGCUGAUCAAGUACGACGAUCAGGUCUUGAUGAUCACUUUGGCAGCGGACGACUACUCGCCCAUCCAGAAUUUGCCGGACUUUUGUCUGCGCGAGAUCUUUCGAAAUAUCCACUCGGUCAAGGAUAAACUACUCCUGGAGAUGGUCUGCCAGCGGUGGAGGGACAGCGGCCGGUGCAGCUGGUCGAAUAUCAGGGAAAUUGGAAAUGAGCGCUGGGACAUUCGCACCUGGAGGAUGAUCCUCUCGAGGGUGGGGGGCUCGCUGAGGAAUGUCACCUUGAAGCUGUAUCAGCACGAGCACAAUUUUCUUCAGGAAGUUGCGGAGCGCUGCGCGCGCAUCGAGAAAUUGGAGUGCAGGCUGAUCGAGGUGCUGAGUCACCCAUCGAAUUCUAAUGGUUUUCGCGCAGCGCUGGAGAGGGACUUGGGUGCGCAUAGACUUAGGUACAUCUUCCAAGGACUCGACGAUGUGUACAUGCAGCUGGGUAUCUUCCCGCCAGAUUUGACGGAGGACCACUCGCUGGUCAACACGCUGCAGACUAUACCUCUGACUGUAGCUCUAUCCAACUUCCAGAAUUUGCAAAUUCUCAGACUUCACGGGUUCCGUAUAACCGACGAUAAAUUGAUUGAUGGUCUAAUUAAUUUGGAACAACUGUCAUUGAUUAACUGCGACAUACCAGAGCCUGUUCUCUCAAACAUCCUGAGAAACAACAAGGGCUUAAAGUAUUUGACACUGGGAAUGGACAAUUUGAGUGACAGAUCGCUCACGUGCGUGCAGCAGCUCUCGAACUUGAAAGUUCUCGUGAUGGAGUCAAAAAGGCUGACCGAUGCAUUUUUUGGUGAAACUCCGAGACUAAAAGGCCUCAUGUGCUCUUCCUGCCACCUGAUCACUGACGAAGGAAUCCACAACUUCUUCAACUCAGCUGUCAACAUCGAGAAGCUAUGCAUCGUGAAUUGUCCGAUUACCCUGGAAUCCCUGGAAGUUGCGCAGGAGUGGACGGAGCGCAGAGGAAAACCCCUGAAGUUGUUCGUCGAUGAAUAUUUAUUCUACAGAUAUUCUAAAUCAGACCUGCAAGAUACUGAAGGCUUCCAAGUCAUCGAGUUCAAUCGAGAGGAGGUGUGCGGUGAGCUGGACUCAGGGAAGUGGGGCCUGGAGCUCUUGGAGUGAGGAGAAAUCAUGAACAGAUAAAUUCCCAUUCGUCAAUCGUCAGUUCUCUUCAUAAUCAUGUGCUUAAGCAAUAUUCUGUUGCAUAAAUAAAUUCUUUUCUCUAUCA